AUGCAAAGUUUCGUGACUUAUCAGCAACCCCUCCCCGCCUCGCGCUGGGUAAUCUUCCUGCUGGCGGUGUCCAGCAAGCAUGUAAGUUAUCUUUCCCCAUUACUAAUUCCUCUUCUUACUUUCCUUUAUCUCUUUUUCUGUUUGUUCAAGCGUUUUCAGAUGCCUUUACUGUUUUCUUCCUACAUCUGCUCGCCUUAUAGUUUUGAUUUUAAAGCAUCUGCAAUGGCUCUGGGGACCUUGUUCCUACAUUUGCUUGUGCCUUUAUUUCAACGGUCAAGGCGGGGGCUUACGAAUAGCUUUGGGAUUCCGUUCCUGAAAUUUGCAAAUACCUUCAUCGAUUCUAUCAUCACGUCUGCUUAUACUCUUUUUCAAAACAUAUUGAGGGCUUGCGAAUGUCUUCAACGAUUUGUCCCCUCGUCUCCUCUCCCAACAGGCCAGCAUCCCACUCUCUCAACUAGCCCGCCCCUCGCCUUUAACCUCUACCCCUCCACCAGGAGCACAAUGGCAAUGGAGCUACACGCGAAAGCUCAAGCCGAAGGGGAUAAGCCUCUGGCUUGGGACAAGCUCACAGAUUGGGGGAGGAGGAGAUAUCCGACGGCGGCGAAGAAAACGAUUGGGCAAGAGAAGAGGAAGGCCGCCAUUGCCGAGCAAAACGCGAGGAGAGCGCGGUGGAGGACGACGUUGUGGCCCCGGGGUUUGGGAGCGGUUGACCCAGGGCUCUCAAGCGGGAAUUUUGGAGGAGUUGAGGGGGAGCAGCUUGCGCAGGCGGGUGAGGAGUCUGUGGACUUGAGUUUGGGGCUGGAGGAUCUCCAGGCGCCAGUGGCAAGUCAUUUUGAGGAGCAGAUGGGGACAUCUGAUCUUUAUGGUCUUGGGGUCCUGGAGGGCAUCUGA